CAACGUAUGGUGUAUUGAGUUUGUGUACCAAUAUAACAUAUAUGAAUAAUACCACAAUACCUUCCACGCCUAACUGGUGGUGGUAACAAUCACCACGGCUGCCGCCGGCACCGCCACCGCCAUGGCGUAUAUACUGGAAUGCAGAGCAUUUAUCGUCAGUCGUGUGUCAUCGAUCGAUACAGUAACAGUCUUGCUCGCGAUCGUUUGUGUUUAUUCUGUCUGUUUACAUCCGGUAUUUUUACUUACUGUUCACUUUAGCUAAUUGUCUCAAGAGAUCCACAACACCAUGGAAUUUACAACAAAAAUAUUAAUCUUGCUUGCCGUCAUUUCCUUCGUUUCAGUCGACUCGAUUACACCAGAAGAAGAGGAACGCAAUAUCAAGCGUGGUCUCCGUGGCUUAUUAUGUCCUCCACUCGGAAAAGAGAACAAAUUCGAAUUAGCGACUUUACAAACUGAGACAAAAAUGUACGGAUGCGCCUACCUAGGAUUCGACAACCUAAGUAGUUCUGAUCCACUCUUUCAUUUGUGGGUGGAAGAUCCAGACUACGUGAUAGGCACCUCCGGGAACUUUCACGGAAAUUGUCACCACACGUAUCAAAUGGACCACUUCAUUUUCAAGUGUUUGUCAAAAGAUAAACCGACUAAUAAAGUCGAAAUUCUAAAAGGCUGGCAGUAUACAUCACUAUUGGAAUAUGCUGCAGAUAAUAAUUCAAUAAAUGUAAUCCCAACAAAAUCCUACAGAUGUGCCUUGUACAAAGUGACGGACAAUGACGAUAUGAAGAUUAGAGUAAUACGAUUGGUGAUUAGCAAGCCAGAAAUAAGAGAUGAAUUUCAUGUAAGCCUUUGUGAAAAUUUUCCGGCUCUUUUGGGACGAAAUGAUCUUCCAGUACUACCCAAGGGGUUACGAUAUUGGCCCGACGGGUCUAUGUUCCUUCACUUAUUAGGAAGAAAGCCGAGCACCCCCAACGAAUAAAUCCAAAGUUGCACAUACUAUAUAUACAUACUGUAUAUCAAUUGUAAUCAAACUGAAACUGCCAUCUCAACUGAAAAAUCUCAGAAUAGUGCUUAAGAUGAUUUUUUUCGUGAAUUUAUAAUAUCUAAUAAUAAUAGUUAAAACA